UUCUGUGCCAAGUGCAAUUUCUUCAAAAGGACAAGGCAAAACAACGGAUUGAGAACCUCGGCUUUCUACACACAAAACCACUGCGAUCAGAGAACUAGCUGACAACCAUUAAAACACACGUUUAAUGAAGAAACUUCAGCACCUCUACUAAGCUAAUACCUUUAAUUUCUUUCCUGACGAAACAAAGAGCUCAUUUGCAAAACUGGUACCACACUGAAUCAUCCGGAGGCCCUAUUCAGGGACUGACAGAGCACAACCUACAGUAUUACAGCUACAUCCAGGGGGAACCAGGCUAGUGCAGAGUGCGACAGCAUUCUAAACCCAGCUUUACUGCCUUGCUCUUGUAAAGCAAGGCUGGAUUACUGCUACUGCUUCGGGAGGAAAGGGGGGCGAAUGUUCGUUUGCCCAGUUGAUUUUACAGAAGCCUGGACAGUGCAAUGAAGACAGCUGGGCCACGCUCAGUGAGAGCAAGGUGACAGCAAAGUCCUGGUGAUGCCACAGUGGCUUCCAUCUUGCUGCAAGAGUUCAUUACCAUGUCUUCGGAGUUUUAAUCCCACUCGCCCCGCGGAGUGACUUCAUUGUCCCUGGGGCCGGGAUUCAAACUGGACGGCGUCUGCAUCCGGUAUAACUUUCACGGAGUGCCGGAAUGAUCCCGAGACAAGACCUUGAUUGACAGCAGUUCCGCACUACACCGGGAGGCAGGAAGGAAGGGGGGAAAAUCGGAAGAAAACGGGGGGAAGAAAAAGAGGAUCGAGGCUUCGGGCAGAGACUGAAAUCCAAGCAGCGGAGGGGGUCUGACGAGCGAGGGUCAACGCUCGAAGCCUCCAGCUGUGAGGCAGCGAGAGGCGAGGCGGAAGAGGCAGCUGGUUUCAGAGGGCCAGUCGAGUCCCGCGUGGGCAGGACGAGCAGUCGCAGCCCCACCCCCUUCUUUCUCCCUGCACAGCAAACUCGGCAAAAACUAGCUCUGACACCCCCCCCCGCCCGUGCUCUCUCCUCCUCCACCCCCCACACCCUCAACUCUGCCCCCUCUCCCAGACUGGCCUUUCCAUUGUUCCCUGCUCUCACCUCGCCAGCAUGCUAACGCAGGCCAGGCUGAAGACGGAGCCUCGCCCCCCUGUAUAAAUACACCAGGACAGCCGGCACGAGCCCGCAGUACCCUGAGUUUCACAGCGCACUCCCUGCCUCCCUCCUCUUCCAGCUCUCCUGCUCGGAAACGUCCCGGACGAUGCGACUCUCCCUGCCCUGGAUGCUGCUGCUGCUGUUGCCGUGGAGCCCGGCGCUGGGGCUGGGGCUGGGGGAGCACCAGCUCUGGGACCUGGGCAAGUCCACGCGCUGCGUGCCCAUCCCGGAGAGCAUGGCGCUGUGCCAGGACAUCGGCUACACCGAGAUGCGCCUGCCCAACCUGCUGGGGCACGAGACGCGGGGCGAGGCGGCGCAGCAGUCCGCCAGCUGGGUGCCCCUGCUGGCCCGAGAGUGCCACCCGGACGCCAGGGUCUUCCUCUGCUCUCUCUUCGCGCCCGUCUGUCUGGACAGGUUCAUCUACCCGUGCCGCGGCCUGUGUGAAGCGGUGCGCCUCAGCUGCGCCCCCAUCAUGGCGUGCUACGGGUACCCCUGGCCCGCCAUCCUGGACUGCGACCAGUUCCCCGCGGACCACAUGAUGUGCAUCCCCUCCCUCUCCGGCAACUCCAGCGCCGGCGGCAGCAGGGUGUCCCGUUCAGGGAGCAUCCAGCCUCGCGCCCGCUGCUUGCCGGGACAGGCGCCGGUCUUCUCUCUGACCCCGCGUGUCUGCUGCAGGGGUGCCCCGGGCCAGCUGUCGGGACUGCGAACUGGAGGAGGCCACGUCUGCCAAGGACGUCCUGGACACGUUCUGCGGGAACGACUUCGUGGUGAAAGUACGCCUCCUGCAGCUGAACACCACCAGUGCCAGCCUGACCCGGUUCUCCCUGGACCCGCGGAUCGAAGUUCUGAAGCACGGCCCCCUGCUGGGGGGGGAGGUCCGGGCGCGGCUGCAGCUCUGGCUGGACCGGGACGCCACCUGCGUGCACAACAUGACGCGCCGCGCCCCCCCCGCGGGCACCUACGUCAUCGUGGGCGCCGUGCGCGGCGGCCGGCUGGUGGUCCACAAGGCGUACGGCUGGCACAAGCGGGACAGGAACCUCGUGGCGGCCACCAGGAAAUGGAAACGCCACCGCUGCCGGGGGUAGAUCCGGGAGGAGGGGACGGACAGCCAGGAGGGCCUCCCCGAGGCGCGGCGGGUGAACUUGUACAGGCGGAGUGGCACGGAGAUGCCACAGGCUCCCUGCAGCUACUCUGCGACGCUUGUUCCGCGUUCCGAUUCCGUGUACACACGCGUGCACGGGCGGACGCGCUGGUGAAGGGGCCGGGCCUUACUGGAUCGAAGGGGGCCGCCCUUGGCUCAGAGGUGACGUGCCCGAGUGACGGAGCGGACACAACGACACAGUGACCCGGCCCCGGCCCGUGAAGUCAAACACCCUGCACAAUACCGUGGCUAUCUUGCCAAACUGAGGUCACACACCUCCGCAUCGGACUCCGUAAAGAACAGCACUGUGCCAAGUCACGAACACCACCUUGUGCUGCCUGUACCAUGGUUAUCUUUAUUAUCUUUUUGUCAAGGCUUCUCAUUUGAAUCCUGCAGCUCACCGUGCAGAGAUAAGUGUGGCGAGAGCAACCCCUACAGGCUGGAAACGGUACUAUAAAGUAUUAAACUGGGUUCUAGGGUGCAGUGCAGUUAGCAGUGAAAACUUCCAAGUCUAACUUACCAGGUCUGGGGUAUAAUAAGGGGUUUUAAAUGUACUAUAUGUCAUUUCGGUACGAGAAAGGCUUCAGCAACCUCCAGGGGAAAAACACACAUCUGUCUCACUUUGCCAUUACUCAGCAGCACAGGAAGUGCGGAGUAAAUGUAUAAGGAACCCUUCCAGAGCAUUACAGAUAAGAAAAACCUGUUUUAUAAGCCACGUGAAAUAUGCUGUUCCUACGUAAUCUGACAUUCCUAGAUAAGAAUGUAAGAAAAAAAAACAAUUAUUUGUAGCCUAUGUGACAAAUGAGAACUUAUUGUGCAUUGUAAAAAUGUGUAAAUAUAUUUUUCUACUGUUAGAAAUGCUGUAUAAAGCUCAAUUACUUCACCAGGCAUGACUCUGAACAGUAUGGAUGCACAUCACCAUGUGCUUCAGAUUUUACAGUACCUUUGUGUGCAAAUAAAGGUUUCAGUACACACCGGUAGAAAACUGAAAUGUCUUUCCAAGUUACAUCCCAGAAACCUCACGUUCCUGAAGUGCCACAGAAGCCCUGAAGACACCAGUGCGUGUCGCUCUCCCUGUGUGGGGAGCGGACUGGGGGAUCUCUGUUGUGACGGAGUCAGCCAGGGAAAUAAAGGUCAGGACAACACAGGACAAGACCAGAGGGACGCCCAGCCGGAGGGCCAGUCACAGUCCCAGGAGAACCGGAACAACUCCAGCAGGACUGGACCUCUUUUUAGGGGAAUAAGGAAGCGUUUAAUUUUAUCUCCCCGAAAUGAUACAUCAUGAAUGUCCCUAUGAAAUAAAGAUUUCUUUGCAAACUAAACUAUCAGAAACUAUGAAAUACAUCAGUGUUUCCAACUAAAAGAAAACAACAACUACUUUUUUCGUAAAUCUAUCUGUUCAGCAGGUACAGGCUGUUCUUGAUAAACAGGCCCCACGAAGGCUGAUUCAGCACAGUCAUGACAAAAGAAUUACUGUUUGUUACAGUAACUGAAAAAAGUCCAAAUUCUGGGACAAAUGUGAAAUAUUUUGCAUUACACUGUUACUAUGCUCUC